GGGCGCCGCGCGUGCCGGCGCGCGGAAGAGGGGGCUGGGCGGGGAGGCCGGGAGGGGUGUGUGUCGUGGGGGGUGUGUGUGUGGAAGGAGGGAGGGGAGGAGGCCGCGGCGGCGGCGGCGGCGGCGGCUGGGGGAGGGCUGGGGGGUUUGGCUUCCCCGCGGCCUCCCCCGCCUCCUGCCCUCCCCUCGGCGGCGCCAUUUUGCAGGCGGCAGCAGCAGCGGCAGCGGUAGCAACUGCAACAGCAGCGGCAGCGGUAGCGGCAGCGGCAGCGGCAGCGGCAGCGGCAGCAGCAGUAGCAGCGCCAGCGGCAGCAGCGGCGACUGAAGGCGGUGGAGGUGGAGUGGGAGCAAGAGCAGGAGCAGGUUGAGAAGGAGACGCGGCUCCAGCUCCGGGAGAGGCAGCAGCGCAGCCGCCGGCAGCCCGGCCCAGACAGAAGAAUCGGGAAACUGACAGAAUAUAGAGUUGCUCAUCAUGAUGUAGUAGAAGGUCCUAAGAAGUAAUGCUAAUGGAACGAGAUGCUUCUCUGAGGAUUUAGCAGUUCAGAUUUUGGAAGAGCUGCUCUCUGUAUCUAUCACAUUCCACAUAGUUAGUUAUCCUAUAAGUCCUAUCCACUGGAACCAAGCUGCUCUGCAAACAUUUAUUUUCUCUUAAUAAUGGGUAUUGGCAAAAACACCACAUCAAAGUCAGUAGAAACUGGAAGCUCUACUGAGGGCAAAUAUGAAGAUGAAUCUAAGCAUCCUGCUUUCUUCACUCUUCCGGUGGUGAUAAAUGGAGGAGCCACAUCAAGUGGCGAACAGGACAAUGAGGACACUGAGCUAAUGGCAAUCUAUACCACAGAAAAUGGCAUAGCAGAAAAGAGUUCUCUGGCAGAGACAUUGGACAGCACUGGAAGUUUAGAUCCCCAGAGAACAGAUAUGAUUUACACAAUAGAAGAUGUGCCUCCUUGGUAUCUUUGUAUAUUCUUAGGACUACAGCACUAUCUGACCUGUUUCAGUGGUACCAUAGCAGUGCCCUUCUUGCUGGCUGAUGCUAUGUGUGUUGGAUAUGACCAGUGGGCUACAAGUCAGCUUAUUGGGACCAUAUUCUUUUGUGUGGGAAUCACAACUUUGUUACAGACAACGUUUGGAUGCAGGCUGCCUCUAUUUCAGGCCAGUGCUUUUGCAUUUUUGGCACCAGCUCGAGCUAUCUUGUCUCUGGAUAAAUGGAAAUGUAAUACUACAGAUCUUUCAGUUACCAAUGGAACAAUAGAUUUAUUGCAUACUGAACAUAUUUGGUAUCCAAGAAUACGAGAGAUCCAAGGUGCCAUUAUCAUGUCUUCACUGAUAGAAGUUGUAAUUGGCUUUCUUGGCCUGCCAGGUGCUCUGCUAAAAUAUAUUGGACCUUUGACUAUUACACCAACAGUGGCUCUGAUUGGUCUCUCUGGUUUCCAGGCAGCAGGAGAAAGAGCAGGGAAACACUGGGGCAUAGCUAUGCUAACUAUUUUUCUAGUAUUGUUAUUUUCUCAAUAUGCCAGAAAUGUUAAAUUUCCUCUCCCUAUUUACAAAUCCAAAAAAGGAUGGACUGCCUACAAAUUGCAGCUUUUCAAAAUGUUCCCAAUAAUCCUGGCUAUCUUGGUAUCCUGGUUACUGUGCUUCAUAUUCACUGUGACAGAUGUCUUUCCACCUGACAGCACAAAGUAUGGGUUCUAUGCUCGUACAGAUGCUAGACAAGGCGUGCUUUUUGUGGCACCUUGGUUUAAAGUUCCAUAUCCAUUUCAGUGGGGACUUCCAACUGUUUCAGCUGCAGGGGUUAUAGGAAUGCUCAGUGCUGUGGUUGCCAGUAUUAUAGAAUCCAUUGGUGAUUAUUAUGCCUGUGCAAGAUUAUCUUGUGCUCCACCACCUCCCAUUCAUGCAAUAAAUAGGGGAAUUUUCAUUGAGGGGUUAUCCUGUGUUCUUGAUGGUGUGUUUGGUACUGGAAAUGGCUCCACUUCAUCAAGUCCCAAUAUUGGAGUUUUAGGAAUAACUAAGGUUGGCAGCCGUCGAGUCAUUCAGUAUGGUGCAGCUUUAAUGCUCAUGCUUGGAAUGAUAGGGAAAUUCAGUGCAUUGUUUGCAUCACUGCCAGAUCCUGUGCUAGGUGCCCUCUUUUGCACACUCUUUGGAAUGAUCACUGCUGUUGGAUUAUCGAAUCUUCAAUUCAUUGAUUUAAAUUCUUCCCGUAACCUCUUUGUCCUUGGAUUUUCCAUUUUCUUUGGACUUGUUCUUCCAAGUUAUCUCAAGCAGAAUCCACUAGUCACAGGGAUCACAGGAAUUGAUCAAGUGUUAAAUGUCCUUCUCACCACAGCAAUGUUUGUAGGUGGAUGUGUUGCUUUUGUUUUGGAUAACACUAUCCCAGGUACUCCUGAAGAAAGAGGAAUUCGGAAAUGGAAGAAAGGAGUCGGAAAAGGGAGUAAAUCACUUGAUGGCAUGGAAUCCUAUGAUUUGCCAUUUGGCAUGAACAUUAUCAAAAAAUUCCGAUGUUUUAGCUAUUUACCCAUCAGCCCAACCUUCAUGGGUUACACAUGGAAAGGUUUCAGGAAAAGCAGCAACUGCAGAAAUUCAGAUGAAGAUUCAGAGGCUACUGUAUAGCCUUAGUUGAAAUUCUAUUAUCUAGUUGUAGUAACAGAUGUAUUUGAAGUUCUUUACUGAUUAAUAAGCAUUAAAAUAUAUGUUUUGUAUAUCUGCAUUUAAAUUUUGAAACCCAGAGCCGAGACCGAUUAUAAAUAGCUUUUCUGUUGUGGGUGGUGAUAUUGUCUAAUAUAGUGUCUCGACCAUCUUAUUAUUUAAAUCUUUGAUCCUGGCUCUUUUCAGGGCAUCCAUUGCUGGCAAUGAUAGCUGCACCUGAAAAUUUCCUAUCCUCCUGUGGAAGAGAGAUGUUUGAAAUUUGUUGUGGGUUUUUUGUUCUUUUGGGUUUUUUUUGUUUGUUUUAUUCAUUCCUCUUUCUUGGUAAAUGCCUAGUACUGUUUUGGAUGUGUGCUGUCUCUCAUCCCAGUAUUCUGAAUGUUUUGACUGCAUGCUGAGUCAUCCAAGAUGCCUAUUCGUCAGUUUUUCUUCCUUACCCACUCUCUGUACCCACUGCACUGGCAAAUUCACAGAACCUAUCCCUAGUCUAGAAAGACUUCUGGUCCUUCAAGCAUUUGUACCUACUUGCUUGAGUAGUUCUUCCACAAUUCUUCAUCUCAUCUGUACCUAAAAAGUAGUUUUGGGGGAAACAAAUGCAUUUUCUUUAGCAUCACUAAGACUUAACAGUCAGUACAAUCAUAUUUUCCUCUUGUAUUUUAGGAAACUUUCUUAAACCAGAAUUAUGGAAUCGAUUGCCCUAUUGCCCAUAUGGACACGUACAUUUGUGAGAAUCACAGAUACUGAUUUGAAUGUAUUCAGGGAGUGAUGUGUCAUGGGUGAUCUGAGUCAAUAUCUAUUAAUUAUUAGCUUGCUGUCAUUCAUAUCAAAUUAUUAAUACUAAAGAACCUGCCCAAAAGUCUACUAAGAAAUCAUUUACUACCAUAUGUUUUACCUUUACAUUCAAGGCUAGAAUAGUAGUUUUUUUGGAUUAGCAUACUCUUUCCUAAUAGCAGAGGCACUGUGUGUGUGUGUAUGUGUGUGUGUAUAUAUAUAUAUACAUAUAUAUGUAUAUAUAUAUAGUUACAUCCUCAGUCCCUGGAUUGUUGAAUUGGGUACAGGGCAUAUCACCUGAGAGAACCAAUCAUUGACAUCUGAAAGUUUAGGCUCUCCUAUAAUGUGGGUGUUAUUGGUUAUCAGGCAUUCAUAAUCAUGAGGCUAUAUUCAUGCUUAAUGUUCUGACAAGUUAGUUUGGCAAAUGUUUUUCAUUGUAAUCCGUCCAGCUCAUCCCCCUCACCCCUACCCCUUCACCAGCCCCCCCCCCCCCCCCCCGGAAAAAAAAACAGGAAAAAAGAAUUUGCAUUUAUAAUGCCAUGGAAACCAUCAGGGCAACUUAAUGUAAUGUGCUCUUCAGGCCAGUAUAAUUUUUCUGUGCUUAUGUUUUGUAUUUCUUGAUCAAAUGAAGGUAGAUGCUGUAAUUCACUUUCUUAUUUAUCUGAACUGACUAUUGGACCAGAGCAUGGGAAAGCUAUGGUUUUCUCUGAGUCUUAUUAAAAGAGUGAGAAAGAAUAAACUGGAUCAAUCAAAAUUCAGUGGCCCAACUUCUAAGUAAAAACAUUUACCCCAGUUUAUAGAAUGGCUCCAUAAAAUCUUUAUUGGACAGCUGUUCAAGGAAGACAUUUUCAAGCUGUUUUAGUUCAUCGAAACCUUCAGUAAUUUGCCAUUUGGGUAUCUACUGGAUAUUAUUGAGGUGUAGUCCAUGUUACUUCUUGUUAAUAGGUAAAGGUUAUACCACCUAUUUGAGCAAUGCCUUUCUUUUUUCCUUUUUGUUAUUGUUCAACAUCAAGUGAGAGGCAUUUGGUUGAGUGUUGCCUUAAGACUUGCUCCCUUGCUGAGAGCUCUAAUUGAGAACACUAAACUCUUAGAAAAAAUAGUCUGUUUAUUUGGUUUAGAGUUCUCAUCUAAGGGAAAGAUAAAGAAAGAGAAUAACUAGAAACUUAGUGAGCUAACUACACUUAUACCAAAUACCAGCUCAGUCAACUUCUGUUUGAGUAGCUAAAAGGAACCAAAAUGGAUAAUUUUCUCAAAAUAAUAUUGCAACUUUUUUUUGGCAGUAGUUAUGUCUCUCUCCAUUUUUAGCUUUAAAACUCCAGACUUUACACUCAAGUUGGUGUCAAGAUUAGUUUGUUAUAAAUAGGAGAGAAUCACUUUGAGAUCAAUUUGUCUGCCUUUUGAGGUUUUUGGCUAAAUAAUGUAUAUGUUUUCAGCCCUUUGACUCCAGGAAGCAUGAACUUUAAUGAGCAUUGUAUUAGGAGACCCCUAGUUUAAGAAUCUGCAUUUUGUGCCAAGAUCUUCCUACAGAUUAAAUGAAGCACAUAUAUUCAAAAUUACUUGUGGUUAAAGUUCUGGCAGUUGUAGUGUAUAUUAGAUACAGUGUUAUUUAAAAGAGGAUCACUCAAUGGUUCAGUCAUUCUCAUCUUUUUUGCGUGUGAAACUGAGUCAAUUGGUUUAGGCCUUUCUGAUUACUUUGCCCUGACAAAUGGAGAAAACUAUGCUAAAGUGAUGUUGUUUGGUAAGUGUGCCUUGACACCAUUUCUAGCUAUCCGGCAUGGCAGUGCUGCCAAAUAUCUAAAGAAAGGUUGAACACAUCACUUGUAAUUCAGUAACACAUCCUGGUUAACAUGGAUGACUUGCCUUUUUGAUAGUUUUCCUCCAGAAACAGUCUGUGAAAAGUUUGUGUGUUCAGGUGGUCAAAUUUCUUCUGAGACUUUUGUUUGCAAAGUAUUUGGGGGGGAAUGUUGGGGGUGUUUUCAACUCUUUUAGUGUAGGAGAAUUUGUCUUAUAGUAUCCCAGUAAUGUCCCUUUACUUUAAAACAAAUAGAGAAGAAACAGUGGCUUCAUCUAGAGAGAAUUUUCCACCUUGACUUGAUGUUUGGUGGGAUGAGCUUUGGGAAUCAUCAGAUUAGGAAUCCUUUUGGAAUUGUUUUGUGAAUCCAAUUGAAGAACACUAAAGGGAAUAAUAUACCAAGUCUCCUGAAUAGGUCCAUUUGUAAAGAGUUGGAAAUGCAACCAGAAUGUGAUAGGAAUCCAAAGUCUGAAUUGGAUGAUAAUACAUCUCUUGGAUAAACGCAGCAGGUAAAAAUAAAUACAUGAUACAGUGCAGUCUCAACUGCUAGCAGGUAGGCUGUAGAACAAGAGGCUCCUAAUUUGGCACAGGGGGAUAAUUUGAUAUGUUUUCAUUUCCUGUUUACAGAAAUACCUAGGUAUAAAGCUGAGGGUGAUAUAAGGGUGAGUUGAUUGUGUCUGUUACACUACAUUUUUGUGUGUGGAAUGAAGCAAUUUACUGAAUUGCCUGUUCGUCCACUAAAUCACAGAUCUGAAUAUAAAUUUUGUAAAAGGCCUGACAUUAUAGCCAUGUUUAGAAUGAAAAAUAGAAGUGUCCUGCCCCCCAUUCAUGACCGAAAUGUCCGCCUUCUUUACCAUAUUCAUAGGAGAAUUGGAAAAUCACCCUGGAUUUCUCUGACUUACUAGCAGUGUAACUGAGAAUCAUAUUCAGAAUUAAUUAAUACACUAAAAUUCAGGUUCUUGUUUAAAGGAACUUGCAGAUUUGAGUUUUGUAGCAAAUUACCUGUGAUUGACUACAGUAAAUGUGCCAGGCCACUUUAAGUGACCAGUGAACUGAUAGAAGCAGUUGCGAUCUCUGAGUUUUUCUUGUCUUCAUUUGUGACAGAUACACGGGAUUUGCUUUGUACCUUUGAAUACUGACUUUAAAUACAACAGCUUGGUUUGUACAUGAAUAUUACAGUAUUUCCAUAUAUUAAAAUAACAUUUCCACCCAGGAUAAUGGUCACAGGUUUCCAGGGAGGGAGUGAUAUGAUUUUCAUGACAAUGUCAUGUGAUAAUAGAAUUUCUCCAUUGAUGAAUCUCUAGUAGUUGUGUAUACUUUAUUUACCCAUGCUUCUGUUUUAUUACAAAGAACUGAAGUUGUUUCUUUUAUUCCUGUCCCUGCUGAAAUAUUGGUACUAGGAAAUUAGCGUGAACAUAUGCAGAUGUAUUCCUCAGUGAUUUUUUUGUGCCACGAGAGUGGUGAAGCCAAAUGCAUCAGUCAGAGAACAAUCAGCUGUGGCAAUGUCUUUAUACCAAGAGUUUCAGGUGGGUUUAGGGGAGAGAGAACACUCAGCAGGUUAACUUUAAUUGUGGUGUAAAGGGGACUCCAAGUAACGAUGACUGACAUAGCUACCUUCCAAAUGGUUUAAUCAUUAGAUGUUGGACACACAGUUCACAUCCCUUUGUGCUUUAAGGUACAUAAUUCAUAUGCUAAUGUACAUUGUAAUGCCCUAACACAACUGCAGUGCUCCCCAGGAGUGGCCUUCCUAAACUCCCUUGUAGGUGGAAAGCCAGGCAACUCUCCCCCCUUAGUCAGAGACCUAACUGAAAUAGUGACCAUUGGCUUGAUUCCCACAUGCUGUAUAUAUCAUAGUAUUUCCUAUUGUGGCUCUUAAGAGAAUAAGACAUCUCCUGCAUCACCAUAUAGUUUGCCAGCCAUUAGCAGUAUUGCAAGAAGGCCAUAUACUUGUUCACUUCCGCUGAAGGAUCCAUCUGGCUUUGUGUUGGGCUUGAAUUGUGUUGAAUUGAGGAAUCCAUUUUUAGCAGCAUCCAGAAACAUUCCUGUCUCAUUAGGUUGAUUGUGACUGUACUUUGUCAUCAGUAUAUAUUACUACUAUCAAAUGUGCUUAGAUUACUGUUUGUAUUUUUCAGGCACUUAUGACAUCUUGACCAGUGUUGCCAUCUUGCUGAUAAUUCAAAAUUAUCGUAUUUUUUUGUUGGUUCAGAACAACCUUUGACACGUUAUAACAGACUGGAUGUUCAUAAAACAGUGGGGAUGCCUAUAUUUUCCAUGAGUUUUGUGGCUAAAUUUGGCUGUAAACCUUUCUGGGGGAUUUGGUGUUUUAAGAGGGGGUGGGGUGGGAUUGUUUUUAUUUUUCUCUUUUGUUUGUCUUUUUAUUAUUUUGCAUACUGAGGGUUUGGUUUUUGGUUUUUUGGGGGGGUGGGGCAGGGUUUGAGAUGUGUAAUUCUUUUAUGGAGUUUUUAAAAGAUUUCAUAUUGUUUUUCUAACAUGGCUUCAUUAAACGUUUAAAUAUUUAAAAAUAUGUAAUAUUUGGACCAGAUGUUGUGAAUAAAUAGUAGAGAUAAAGCUAUUUUAUUCUGUAUUUUUAAAGCUGUUCAGUAUAAAUAAAAGCUGACCUAGAUGCAA